CCCACCCCCUCAACCCGGCAGGCCAAAGGAACCGAGUACAGUAUACAAGGUGCCGAAAGCUUACUAGGUCUGAAUGCUUUAUCCCUCAACAUAGUUCGGCAUCACACAGCCACACUGAGCCGCCGAGGCACACACAAUACAGAUGCGCCGUGUGACGAUGGGCGCAGGCUGGUGGACGCGGGCUCGCAGAGAACACAAAGCUGUCAAAAGCGAGACAACGGUGAAGUUCUGGACUAUGAUCGACGGUUGGAAAUCCAUCGUGAGCCUGUCAAGAAAGUCAUAAUCCACGCCAUGGAGACAUUAUCGGGCUGCUCCAUCCUGUUCUGCUGUCAAGAGGUUGACGCGGGGGGAGUAAUCCAGAAGUUAAUUUUCCCACCCCGCGCAUUCCGAGGCGUUGCGGGAAAGCUAGGAUGGAAAUACAGGAUUAGUCCUCAAAAAGUUUUGCCCGCGGCCUGGUCUGACCUUUCACACACCGCACACCACACACCACAUACCACAUACCAGGUUGCCCAGGCCAGACCUGUCCCUGGGUACAGUACGAUAUGCCUCGUCUCAUCGCGCAAAACGACAGGCGACGAGGUGGUUUCAACGCGCAGCUUAUCCCAUACUUGCUAACCGUGUACCGUCCGAUCCUCCGAAUGUCGCCCCACCCAUGCGCGGAUCAUCUCAGAGAGUUGGGUCCGUCGGUAGUCUGGAUAAGCCGCUGAGAUGAGGACGUCGUGGACAGGUUACAUUCUUCCUUGGCAUAAGUACGAUGUACGUAGCCCAGACAAGACGAGAUGAUCCACAAGAGAGACGGGCGCUACAGACACAGCAUGGAGUUGGGGAGAACGGCGUUCAGUCAGGUUGGCUCACGCCCUUCAACAAGAUUCCAAAUCUUGGAGUGAACAUGGUGCUGGAUAGCUACGCGGGAGUCCCUGGUGUGCUGGGGAGCGAGGCGAUGCAUACUUUGCGCUUGCGCAAUGCCCCCCUCAGUUAUAUAUCCGCGUCCUGCACUUUUUGGCCGCAUGCGAGUUUAAGUAGACCAGGCCAACACGAUUUGUUUGGACUUACACGCAGUCUCCAGGCUAUAGACGACGACGACGACGAAGAAGAAGAACUCGUCCAACAUGGGUAGCCUCCAGCCGACUCUGGAAGACGUCGCGUACUGCACUCUGGUAACGAAUGAUGAGUAUGUCGUAGCUGCAGCCGUGCUGGCUGAGUCCCUCAAAUCGACCGGCACAACGAUCCCGCGGUGCGUCAUGAUGACCCCCGAGACCAUGUCGGACGAAGCCGUAGCCAAGCUCGGCGCCGUCUUCGACCUCGUCAUCCCCGUCUCGGCCGUGGCGGGCCUGUCGACCUCGAACCUCGACAUCAUCGGCCGCCCGGACCUGCACGCGACCAUGACCAAGAUCCAGCUCUGGUCGCUCACGAGAUUCCGCCGGGUGCUCUACCUCGACUCCGACACCCUCGUUGUGUCGAACCUCGACCACCUCUUCGACCUGCCCGAGGCCAUUGGCUUCGCCGCCGCCCCCGAGAUCGGGUUCCCAGACUGCUUCAACAGCGGCGUCAUGCUCCUCCGGCCCGACCCGGCGACGCACGCCGAGCUGACGCGGUUCGCGGCGUGCGUCGACUCGUUCGACGGCGGCGACCAGGGCCUGCUCAAUGUCUUCUUCGGCGACGGCACGCGGAGCCACCCGUCGAGGCUGCUCCUGCAAAACAAGAAGCCCGGGAGUAGGGAUCCCGGUGAGGGCGAAGACCACGGCGGAACUGGGCGCAACUGGUUCCGGCUCAGCUUCACAUAUAACAUGGAGAUGCACCGGGUGUACCGGUUCUACAUCCCCGCGGCGUUGCGGUACCGCGACGAGCACAAGAUCCUGCACUUCAUCGGCAAGGACAAGCCGUGGCACUAUGAGGGCGGCAGGGUGGACGUGCCGGACGACGCGGGGGCCUACCACCAGUUCUACGUGGAUAUGGUGGGGAAGUGGUGGAAUACCAGGCGGUCGAUGGCGGUGGCCCUGUGAGCUUCGAUGCAUGGCGAUUCUUAUAAUUGAGACGAGAGCAACUUCCCUCGGGAUCAAACGCGUGCCAUGACCCCAUACCACCGUGAAACUCGC